AUGGAGGACGGUCAAUCUCACACGGAAAACAACCGCAUCACACUGAGAGUGGGGGAACGGCUGUUUCAUACGACCAAGGGAACUCUUACAGGCGAAAGUGGCUAUUUUGAGGCUCGGCUCACUCGCUGGAACGACGCAGACGCUGACGGGAGCUACUUCAUUGACAGUGAUCCAACCUUGUUCGAGGUGAUUCUUCGAUAUCUUCGAACCGGUACACCACCGCUGUUCUUUAACUCGGAUACGCAGACGUACGACCUCGCAAAGUACGCUGCUCUGUUAUCCGAAGCACGGUACUUUCAGAUCCCUUCGUUGGUGGCUUGGAUCGUGGAAAAGAAAUUCCUCCAGGUUAUCCAAGUUGACACCAACAUUCAAGUUUUCAAGGAACAACCAGGCAUAGACCUCUUGGCCAGUAGCUCUACAACAACCAGCAAGGUGGAAUAUUUCCCAACCACCGGGAUUGAGGGGCGGUUUGUGUGCCCACUCAAGUCAGUUGCUGGGGGACACCAUUGUAGUCCUAUCUGUUGGGACCGUUGCAAGGAACUAGGAGGAUCUCCUGUUACUUAUGAGGAUAGGCCAUAUUUCAUAGUUCUUGCCAUUUCACGGACAGUUGCGUUCAACCCUGAUAAGCUUGAAUACUGUGGGUAG